UUAAAACUGGGAUUCGCCAAUAAAUCCCUACACCGCCGUCCAUCCUUUCUUUCUUUCUCUCUCCACCGCGGCAACUAAUUUUUGGUUUUCUAAAGCAAACGCCUAAUAUAUAUGUGUGUGUGUGUAUAUAUCUGUACGAUUCAAUCCCAAGCACCCAAAUAGACUUAGUUCGUGUCAUUCUGGUGACAACCAAAGCUUACCCUCUCAAACAGCUCAUUUGCUUCUAUUCAUCACCACUGUACCAUCUUCGGCUCCCCUGUUAAUGCUUGCGAUCAAGUACCUCUACAGCACUCCUCUUCCUCCACCACGACAAUCAACACCACAUCGUCACCGCCGUCGCUGUAGACCAUGUCGUUGCCGGCCUUAAUAGACCCUCGCCGCCUGCCUGGCAAAAUCAGUAGUGCCACCAUCAUCGCCGCCGGCCCUGCAAAAUUUGUACUCUGAAUUUACUCCACGGUAUUGAUACUCUUUAAUGUUCAAACUUCGAAUCUCUCUAUAUCUCUCUCUCUUCAAUUUCUCAUCAAAUUUGUACCCUGAAAAGCUACUGCCCUUUUUUCUUUACCUCUGGGCCUUCUCUCUCUUUCUCUCUAAAGAAGCAACAACCCAGAAAAGUAAAGCAGAGGAGAGAGAGAGCCUAAAAUGCUACCAAAGGCUAACGACGUCGGUUGGAUGGGAGGAGAAGACGACGACGCAGUUUCGUGGACAAGAAACAACAAUGGAGAUACAAAGGACGACGACAUGAACGCUUCUCUCUCUACCUUCAAAUCCAUGCUCGAAAGUGACUGGUAUAUAAACAAUGCUCUCAACCCAUCUCACCAAGACAUCCACACCAUCCUAAACCACCAUGAAUUCAAGGACAUGAACAUGACCUUCUGUUCAAACCCAACUGACCACAAUCUGUUGUUACAACCAAUGGACUCGUCCUCCUCCUGUUCUCCGUCACAGGCGGCAUUUUCCCUCGACCCAUCACAGAUACAGUCGUUUUUGCCACCCAAAUCUUGUUGCUCUUCACUCUUUAAUGUUGUUUGCAACAAUCCUUUUGACAAUGGCUUCGAUUUAGGCUGUGACGCUACUUUUCUUGCAAAUCAGAGCUCAAAUUCCCCUGUUUUGAUGGGUUUCAAUAGUUUGAGUUCCCGAACUCACAUGGCCACUCCGGAGUUGAAUUCAAACUACGAGUUGAACGUUAAAGAGUAUCAAUACUCUGAAUGUAUAGAGAGAUUCAUGCGAUGGCAAGCCUGUCGGCAACAGAAUUGGGUCUCGAUCUGUUUCUAAGGUUUGUGGUUGAGUGUGUCUGAAUCUAGGGCUAGUUGAGGUGGGUGGUGGUGGUGGAGGGCAUAUAAAAUUGGGGUAUAUAAAUAAUUUUAAGUAAAAAAUAAAAAUGAAAAUGUCUCUAUAAUUUGUUGAGGGCAAAUGUGAUAGGACGAAGCAAACUUUGAGGGACGACGGUGCGCAGAAGGUAUUGCCUGUAAUUAUCCUUAAUUUUAUGGGAGGUAAGUGUAAUUAUUCUAAUUAAAAAUUAUAUAUAUAUUUAUGAGAACCGAAGUGGUUCAAAAGGACUAAAGCACAAGACUAGCCUUGGCACACGAGUCGUCCACAAAACAAUGGCAUAAGUGGAGCUAAAUUACAACCAAAUAAGGCAAGCUGUCUGUUCCUCGUUGGUCUGCUAUCCAAAGUUGAGUCCGAUUCCAAUUUCUAGAUUGACAAGAGGUUUGAUUAAUUGCUGGCCUUAGUUGAAGUAAUUUUUUCCAUUAUUGGUUCAGUUAAUGGGUUUGGACUGGGACAAG